AAUAAUAUAAAGCACUUGAGCGUUUGCUAAUAAUGUGCCGCAAUCCUAUGUUGUGCAGAUCAGCUGUGUUUUGUUGAUAUCAAGAUAUUUUUGAAUUAUUGAAUUUGCAAUGGAAAUUCUAAAUGAAAGUGCUCAAAAAUCAGUGAAGAAAUCUGGCAUGUCAACCGGUGGUAAACUGUUGAUCGGUGUGACUGGGGGCAUUGGUAUUGGCCUCUCAAUUGUUUGUGCCUCGUUUGUGGCGCCAGCAUUUCGGAAGUUCUGUCUUCCUUUUGUUCCGGCAACAACGGAACAGAUACAAAACGUGCUCCAUUUCCUGCCACGUAAUGCCAGCGGCAAGCUACUGGACAUUGGCUCCGGCGACGGACGCAUCGUUGUGGCGGCGGCCCAGCAUGUGAAAGAAUUAAAGACAGACGGCGUGGAGUUGAAUCCAUGGCUGGUCUACUACUCCCGACUGGCUGCACUGCGUCAUGGCGUCAGCAAGCAAUCGAGCUUCUUUCGCCGUGAUCUCUGGAAAUUCAACAUCAAGGAUUACAAUUAUGUGGUUAUAUUUGGUGUGGAGCAAAUGAUGCAGGAUCUGGAGUACAAGCUGAUUGCCGAGUGUCCGCACAAUGCCAAAAUCAUAGCGUGCCGCUUCCCACUGCCGCAGUUGCAGCACGAACGCAUCAUUGAGGACGGCGUUAACACAGUUUGGUUCUACGAUCUCAGCAAACAAAGCAAUAGUUAAUAAAAGUUGAUUUUAUUAUUGUUAA